AAAUCACCGAUGCUGGUACUAGAGGAACCCAAGAUACAAUUAAGGGUGUGAAAAGAAAAAAGAUUGUGACUGAAAACCAUCUAAAAAAAAUACCAAAAUCGCCUUUGAGAAGCCCCGCCGAAGCCAAGGUUAAGCAAAAUGUGGACCCUUCACCGCUAAAAGCUCUUUCGGAUGCCUCCGAACACGCCACGGCACAGGAUCACCUACCCGUGCAAAAUGGAAAUCAAUGUACCAAACAAAAUGGGGGAGCACUUAGUAGUGAGAUAAGUGUUGAAACAACCAAGUCUGAGACAUCGAUGCAGACAAAGCUGUCACUGGCGCAUCAAUCCUUAGAUUUGGGUAAACAGGCAGUGGAGGAUACCGAUGCAAACCAACUGAACUCCCCAGAGAAGAAGUCUCUCUCAAACUCCUCAAGUAAAACAAAGACUGACAGUAAUGAAUGUAUUAAUUUUGUUGAUUGCGGUACAUCAUCCCCGUGUACACGUACUGCAUUCGAUGUCUUACUAAAAGCUAUGGAGCCUGAACUGAACACCUUAGCACAAGAGUGCCCCCCUUAUGGGAUGCAGAUAGAGAAACUGAGACCAAAUAAAACUGUAAGCACCUCUUCUAGUCUCACAUCCAAUACAAUGAGCGUCCAAAAUCAACCUGCUUUGUCACAGCACGAGUUUGCAGCUGGACCUCACUAUUACCCCUGUACGUUAAACAAUGUGCAUGUAGCAGUAACAGCCAAGACUGGACAAGCACAAGGCCAAUCAGUUUCUCAUUCACAAGACCUUAUUGCUAAAACCAGUCAACAGAAUCACCAGGUUGUUAUGUGUCCAAGUUUCACCAGAUCGCUGGUGCAACAGCAGAGUCAGGAAAACCCCAAACUCCAACAGAUAUACAGCAUAGCAGUAACUUCAUCUGUCGUUCACACUUCCUCUUCCACUGUAACUCAGGUUUUUCCUCAAAACCAGUUAGUAGCAAGUUCAUCAUCACCUUUGACAAUUAGCACAUCGGGUUCAACACACUUGUCUAUAGGUCCCAUGUAUAAUUCAGCCCAGAUAGCAUCAGCUGUAAACCAUGGAGUAGAACAAAUAUGUAACCUCUUGAAAGACCAGAAGCCUAAGAAGCUAGGGAAGUACGUCUGUGAGUACUGCAAUCGGGCCUGUGCCAAGCCCAGUGUUCUCCAAAAGCACAUCCGAUCCCAUACUGGAGAACGACCGUAUCCUUGUGUGACGUGUGGGUUUUCAUUUAAAACCAAAAGCAAUCUGUACAAGCACAAAAAAUCUCAUGCGCAUGCUAUCAAGCUUGGACUUGUGCUACAACCAGAUUCGGGUGGCCUCUUCUUAUCUCAUGACUCGGACAAAGCACUUAGCAUUCAUUCGGAUGUGGAAGAAAGCGGCGAAAGUGAAGAUGAAGGCACCGCUGAUGAAAGACAAGAUGAUCAAGAACUGGAACCCGCACAGAUAGUGAAAGUCAUUUCAGCUGCAGAAACGUUGCAGAAAGGAAGCCCUAUUCCAUUAAGCAACCCAGACUGUAUACCAGGUGACUCUUCAUUACAUGAUACAGAACCUCAAGUAAGGGCAGCUUUACCAAAAGUAGUAGUUCAUCCUGUAAAUGUUUCUCCAUUAAGGGCCGAUAGCCCAAAAGUAACAGAACCAGCACCUGAGCUUGCUGCAGCACAGAGAAAAGGAGAUUUUAAAGUGACAACUCUUCAGUCAAACUUGACACAUACCGCCUCAUUCAAGGAGAAUGACAUAAAGCAGCAUCAGAAAGCAGAAAUGGCCCUAUUAGAGGAACAGCUGGGAUCUGCAGUAGGAGUGAUGCACGCUCAGCUCCAGAGACAACAGGCCACCGAUGGCUCCCAAGACCAGCAAGGAAAAUGUCUUUUGAGCCCUAGAAGUUUAGGUAGUACCGAUUCUGGUUAUUUCUCUCGUUCUGAAAGUGCCGAUCAAACAAUGAGCCCACCAGCUCCUUUUGUACGAGGAUUGUUGACCUCUGAGAAAGAUCCAAAUAAAAACCUGCCCUGCCUGCCACGAGCAAGUGGCGUGGUAGCGUCAGUGGUACAAACUGUUUGUGCUGACAAAAAUCUGACUCUCUCUGGCCAAAUGCGACCUCCCAUGGCAACAAAAACUCUUGAGGAACGUAUCUCAAAGUUAAUUUCUGAUAACGAAGCUGUUGUGGAUGACAAACAGUUAGAUAGUGUGAAACCAAGAAGAACAUCUCUUUCAAGAAGAGGAAGCAUAGAUUCGCCAAAAUCUUACAUAUUUAAGGAUUCUUUCCAGUUUGAUUUAAAGCCCAUGGGAAGAAGAACUAGCUCAAGCUCUGAUAUACCAAAGUCUCCUUUCACGCCCACUGAGAAAUCAAAGCAAGUUUUUCUUCUUUCUGUACCAUCUCUUGACUGUUUACCUAUAACACGAAGUAAUUCCAUGCCUACUACCAGUUACUCAGCAGUACCUCCAAAUGUAAUACCUCCCUCUCAUCCCCUUCGAGGAAGUCAGUCAUUUGAUGAUAAAAUUGGCUCUUUAUAUGAUGACGUUUUUGUAUCAGGACCUGCUACUCCACUGAACCAAGGCGGACAUCCUCGGACCCUUGUUAGACAGGCAGCAAUAGAAGAUUCUUCUACUGGUGAAAGCCAAGUUCUUGGACCAGUGCGACCUGUAGAAGAAAGUUAUCUGGGGUGUAAUUUAUCAAAUGAAUCCUUAUUGCAAAGGAGCAAGUCUCUGGCACAGGGAUCAAAUUUAGAAAAAACAAAGAAGUCCCCUCAGGUGCGAGGAACAAUGUUUGAGUGUGAAACCUGCAGAAACAGAUAUAGGAAACUGGAAAAUUUUGAAAACCACAAGAAAUUUUAUUGUUCAGAGUUGCAUGGACCUAAAACUAAAGCCGCAAUCCGAGAGCCUGAGCAUAAAACUGUUCCAAAUAGUACACAGCCUCAAAUUCUACAUUACAGAGUCACUACUUCAACUGGUGUCUGGGAGCAGACACCCCAGAUAAGGAAAAGAAGGAAAAUGAAAAGUGUUGGCGAUGACGAUGACCCACAGCAAAAUGAUACGAGCAUUCCAUCAAAGAACGCCGAAGGCCAAAGCAAGCCAGCAAAUUCUUCUGGUCUGUCAAAACACAGUGCGACAACAGUGGUAGGAUCACAGCAGGCAAGCAACCUUCUACUUCAAAGUUCCCAAAUUCAGCUUGUGGCUCGAGGCACCGAUCGGAGUACCGAGCCAAAGAUGGCUCCACUCAUUGAAAAGCAGGCAAGUUCAGCUGUGCAAGAAAAGGUGGAGUUGAAAAGACAAGGGACUGGCAUUUCAGUAAUACAGCACACCAAUUCACUGAGUAGAAAUAGCUCAUUUGAGAAAUCAGAGUCAUUCGAAAGAGUAUCACCAGUUUCUUCUCAAGAGCCCAACAAGGUUGCGAAGCACCGCUCUUUGAAUACGGUUGUCAUCCAAGAGGAUAGACACUCUCAUCUGAAUACUCCCCAGCAUCAUCAACCCCUGUCAUCAGAAGCACCUAGAGGGGAAGUUCAGGGAAGCCAAAUAGUUUCUAAUGAGAGAAGCGCACCGCUUCAGCCGUCAAGACUUGUGCGCCAGCAUAACAUCCAGGUUCCUGAAAUACUGGUCACAGAAGAACCAGAUAGGGACCAGGAAAACCAAUGCAGCGAUCAGGAAAAGACAGAAAGGUUUAAUUGGCCACAGCGCAGCGAAACGCUGUCAAAAUUGCCAACAGAAAAGCUUCCACCAAAGAAGAAAAGAAUUCGCUUGGCUGAAAUGGAGCAUUCAUCUGCCGAAUCGAGUGUUGACUCCACGCUUUCCAGAAGCCUAAGUCGGGAGAGUAGCUUGUCGCAUGCCUCCAGUUUCUCAGCUUCACUCGAUAAAGAUGAAGCUUUGAAGGCUGAGAACUCUUCCAAAGCAGAACCCGGUACUAAGUUGUCAGAGUUUCUCAUGAUUCCCCCUGGCUCACACGCACUGGCUGUGCCUGGCCCUCAUUACCGGGAAAUGAGACGUGCAGCCUCAGAGCAAAUCAGCUGCACGCAGCCGUCAAUGGAGGUUGUGGACUACAGGAGUAAGUCUUUUGACUGUGGAAGCAUGUCUCCGUCAAAACCCGCCCCACUCAUAGAGAGAGCCACUCCGAAAGUGUCGUCUGCAAAUGGAGUGACUGGACACGUGCCUCUGUUAGAAAGGAGGAGGGGGCCAUUUGUAAGACAAAUAUCUUUAAAUAUUGCUCCAGAAAAUCAUCAGCCUCAAGUUAAAUCCACUUCUUCCAUUCAGACAGCUCAUGCUACGGAUGUGCCCACGGUGCCAUUGCACAGGCUGCAAACCUCUGGCAAAUCUUCAGUGGAGUUUCCUUCAAGUACUCAGCAUUCACAGACUCACUCCAGGCCUCACUUGACAAUUCAAAAUUGUAAUCCUGUCAGCCUGUCUUCGGUUCCGCAACCUCUAGAUCAUGUGUUGAAUAAUCAAGGACAGCCAUCCUCAACUCAUCAGCCUUCCCAGACAUCCACUAAAACAUCAGCCCAAGGGGAACAAGUGAGCACAUACCUGCUUUCUUGUCAUCCCGAUGAAAAAAAGGAUUGUUUUGCUCCAAAGUAUCAGCUUGAAGUUAAAACGUUACAUAUAGGUCAGCCAUACUCUUCUAAAUUGCUACAAAAUACUUUAUCAACUCAGACUGUUCCAGGUCAAGUUGGGGUGGACCAGAAAGCAUCCUCCUUUGAAUUGCAGACUAAACUGCCUGACAUGUCUAAUCCAUACUCUGUGCCUCCUCUAAAGCAAAUUGUCCCUAGUAACUGCAGCAGUCAAAUACAUCAGAUUCCUCCUUUCGUGGUUCCCGUCCGUAUUCACAGCAGUAUGCCAUCCUAUGGCUUUGCAACUGUUACACCCCUUCCUCACAUUUUAGUGACCCAGGAUCAGGUAAAUCAAUCUGUUUGCAAAACAAAUGUUGCGACAGUGCCAACGCUUGAGGGCAAAACUCAGCUGCCAAAAUCUCACAAAGAUCAUCAGAGGACUUUGCCAAAUUCAUUUGAAUUUGAAAAUUCUCAACCAGAAAGCGGAACCAGAAAUUCACCUUUGUCAAGCUCUUUGAAUAUUAUUCAGAAAGUGCCAGUUAGCGGACUCUUCCCUCAACCAGAAGCUACAGCUUCAAGUAAACGAAUGCUUUCCCCAGCCAACAGUUUAGAUAUUGCCAUGGAAAAACAGCAAAAACGUGUUAAAGAUGAGAGUGGAGCUGCCUGCAUGACAGAUGCUAGACCGUUGCAUUCACUGAACGUUAGAUCUAAUGACCCUACCAGUAAGCAGAAGAAACCAGUUUUGGUAAGACAGGUUUGCACCACAGAGCCUCUUGAAAAUCACCUCUUAGAUCCUGAUGGGGUUGCACAGCAUGAAAAAAGCAGCAAAGCUAGUCCUUCAGACCUGCUGUUGCCUAACCGUCAUUCCUCUGACACUGGGGUUUCAGAAGCCCUGAAGGAGUCACCAGAAUCUGAAGACCUUAAGUCUUCAGCAUCGCCGGUGUUUGUAGUUAGAAAACCAUCUGAAUUGUCUCCGGUGAAUAAUCAGAGUUCUCUUCUCAAGGCUGUAAGUAGCAGUCAAGACAGAAAGUCCCCAAGUAACAGCAGUGAGAGCAAGCACAUCGAUAGCCAGGGCCAAGCGAAGCCUGUAGCCACACCGGCUGCCAUGAAUACAGGAGAAAUGCAGAGGUUGUCGUUUCCGAGCCUCAAGACCACAACGAGUUUUACCUGGUGUUAUCUCCUGAAGAGAAAACCAUUGCAUCUGCUGCAAAACGAUCAGAAAAUCUCCGCCUAUUCUACGUGGACCAUUAAUCCCAACAAUCCCAAUCCACUUGGUUUGUCGACAAAGGUAGCUCUCUCCCUCCUCAAUUCAAAACAAAAAGUUGAAAAACCGCUGUACACUCAAGCAAGAACUACUCAUCCCAGAUCUGAUGUAUUGGUCUAUUCAAGCAAGUGGAAGAACAACUUAACCAAGCGAGCAUUAAAUAGAAAAAAAUUGACUGCAACUGAAUUCAGCAAUAAGGAAAGCUCUGAGUCAAGCACUGAGCACGAUAAAGAAAACUCCUUUAUCAAAACAGAACCAAGAAGAGUUAAAAUAUUUGAUGGAGGGUACAAGUCAAAUGAAGACUACGUGUAUGUUCGGGGGAGAGGGAGAGGGAAGUAUAUCUGUGAAGAAUGUGGAAUACGUUGCAAGAAACCCAGCAUGCUGAAGAAGCACAUUCGCACACAUACCGAUGUCCGUCCUUACCAUUGCAAUUACUGCAACUUUUCCUUCAAAACUAAAGGAAAUUUAACAAAACAUAUGAAGUCAAAGGCACAUAGCAAGAAAUGCAUGGACUUGGGGGUCUCAGUAGGCUUAAUAGAUGACCAGGAUGGAGAAGAAGAAUUUGGUGAGAAGCAAAGAUUUGGCUAUGACCGGUCAGGAUAUGAUGUGGAGGAGUCUGACGGUGCGGAUGAAGAUGAAAAUGACAAUGAAGAUGAUGAUGAAGACAGCCAGGCUGAGUCAGUCCUAUCCACAACCCCCUCGGUGACAGCCAGCCCCCAGCAUCACCCCUCUCGACACGGCCUGCAGGAUGCCACGAGCGCUGAUGAAGACAUCAGACUUCCAGACUGUUUUGCUGGGGCUCACACGGACUCUAUGGAUGGUCUGCCAAAAGCGCUGCUGACAAAGAUGACCGUCCUUAGUGCGGUGCAGUCGGUUAGCAGGACCUCCAGGUCACCAGCAGAAAUCACCCAUCAGGAAGCACAUGAGGAAAAAACCCAGGAGAGAGGACCAGGUCCCCGUAGCACUGGUGCGGCACUGGCAGACGUCGCUCCUACAUCUCCAGGUCGCCAGAUGUCUGUGGAUUACCCCGAUCCAGAAGCAACCUUGGGCCGCUCCUUAGUAUCAACUGCAGCUCUUACAAAGAGCACGCCAUCCGUCAGCUCUCCCUCCUCACCGGUGGACCGCAGCAUGCAGACGACGGCACCGUCCCCCUAUGCCGAAAUCCCAGAGAAGCUGUCCGGGUGCCCGCAGCAUGCCACCGAGCUGAGGGCUCCCCAGACUCACCUCUUCAGCCACCUCCCCCUGCACUCGCAGCGGCAAGCCAAGGCACCCUAC